AUGGCCUGCACGCUUCUGGCGCUUGGCAAUCACGAGAUCGCCAAUGGCGACGAGAGCUGGACCGAGUAUCUAGAGGGCUCCAGUUGCGUCGUGACCUACACCGAGGCGGUGUACUUCACGGUCCUCAGCAUUACUUCGGUCGGCUAUGGCGAUCAGAUGGUGACCACCGUCGAGAAGGCUCUGAAUUCUCUGUUCCUGCUGCUCGCCCAGCUGUUCACCGCCAAGGUGUGCGCGGACCUGACGUGGCUCACGUCGACCCGCAACUACUGGGAGGCGCACAACCAGGCGAAGCAGGCCCAGACCUGGACCGCGCUGCAGAAGAUGGCGGUGCCGCCCGUGCUGGCGCGCCCGGGGAUGCGAACAGCAGAGCGCCUCCCCGGGGCGGGCUGGGUGCGGGAGUCGGACGGGGCGGCGAGGGGGGCGGUCGAGGUCGCCAACGUGGCACCGCGCGGGGGCGACUCCAACAUCAGCGCGACGUCGCGCGUCUCGCCGUGCAUCACGGCACACUGCGGCUGCCGCAAGAACGAGGAGUGGUUGACCUGGUGCUGCCACUGCAAGAAGCCGCUGGUCCUCGUCCAGGCGACAGGCGGUGCCUCGGCCAGCGUACGCUCGGCGUCUGGGAGCCGAGGCGCGACCCUCGGCCCUGGGUGA